UAAAUGUGUCUCAAUUUCCCCAUGGCUACCAGUAUUCAGGCCAUCGACAUUGUGACACCUACAGCCAUCAGAUCGGUUGUGACAUGGUAUCUGAUCUACAGGGAGACAUACAAGACAUGUUCAGUCCCCAACAAAAAGUCAAAGGGAGCGACACGGCUUCGAUUUGGAGCGAAACUGGGGGCGAAAAGGUAUGGAAGCGAAACGACCGCAAUUCAAACAAAUUGGUCACGAGGGAUUUGAAUUUCGAGGGUUAACUCCGACCAUGCGGAAAUCUAUUUUUAGCGCGGACUUUACACGUCCCAAUAAGAAGGCCCAUAUGAAGACAUCAAUCGGUGAUGAGUUAUUUAAGAUGUUUAAGGAACGAAAUUAGGGUAACUAAGAUUAUAUGCAAUAUGAAGAUGCCAGUAUUUGAGAAAAUUGAUAUCACUGCUAUGCAACUCUCAAAAACUACCAUGUUAAUGAAUUGUUCUUGUCCCGGCCUUUGUGGAAUUGAACAAAAUUCGCUCCGCGUCAACAAUCGAAACAGUGCCACGUGGUCUUUUGCACAUUAUUUUGUUUACAAAAGUUUGUUGUUCAAACUAGCUAUCUGUUGUCUAGUUGAACAUGCCAAGCAUAGUAAAAGAGAUUCAGGUAGUUGAAGAUGAAAUUAAAGUCUGCGAGUCUCGGCUUGAUGUCAUUGAACGAUCGCUGAGAUUAACAGAGAUGACAGAGGAAGAGAGAGACAAUAUGUUAGAUGAACAGAAGGAACUUCAAACAAGACUCAAAGAAAGUGAAAAGACAUUGAAGAGUUUAAGAUGGGAGAACAUGAAGACAAUGUUGAUAUCAGUGACAUUCCUCUUGAUAGGUUAUCUUGUUUAUAACGUAGUCAUGUCAAGCUGACGAAUACUCAUAUUAGGAUAUGUAAUCUGUGUAAAUAUGCAGAGUAUAUUAGUGAUAUUUUGAACUGCACUACAAAAGAUUUCACCAGACGAUGGUGUUCUCAGGCAACAAACAUACAAUCAUCGUUACCUUGUGCGUCAAGACAGGCCUUUCAACUUGCCGAGCUGGCCUGUCCUAGAAACGGAGAAAGCUAAUUAUCCGCAAGCAGGGGAAUCACUUCUCCAGGUGAAACAUCUGCAAUCAUCGUUACCUUGUGCGUCAAGACAGGCCUUUCAACUUGCCGAGCUGGCCUGUCCUAGAAACGGAGAAAGCUAAUUAUCCGCAAGCAGGGGAAUCACUUCUCCAGGUGAAACAUCUGCAUACAAAGUCAUAGGGUCUGUAAAUGAGUAAUAAAACAGUAGGUUUCAAA